UCCCUCCUCCCCGCCCGCCAGGGCCUGGGAAACUCCUGCUUGGAAAAUCCUCCAAAAUGGAGCCUCUGCUCUCCAGCCCCUCAAAGUGCUCUGUGGCCAAAGCCAGGGUCCUCGCCGUCUUGCUCUCUCUGGUUCUGUGUACCGCAAUCCUGUGCCUGUUGCAGCUCAGAUCCAUAAAGCCCAAAAUCAAAACGGACUUCUACUCUUUCCAAGUGAAGGACUCAAAGGGGAGGACCGUGGCUCUGGAAAAGUUCAGAGGCAAAGAGGCAACCCUAGUUGUAAACGUGGCUAGCAACUGCCAGUAUACAGAGAGAAAUUACUUGGCGCUGCAAGAAUUGCACAGAGAAUUUGGACCGUCCCACUUCAGCGUAUUGGCUUUCCCCUGCAGUCAAUUUGGAGAUUCAGAGCCCGGCCCCAGUCAGGAAAUAGAAGCUUUCGCAAAAGGAAACUAUGGAGCGACCUUCCCGAUCUUCCACAAGAUCAAAAUUCUCGGAUCUGAAGCGGAACCCGCGUUUAGAUAUCUCAUUGAUUCUUCAAAGAAGGAGCCAAGAUGGAAUUUUUGGAAGUAUCUUGUCAACCCGGAGGGUAAAGUUGUGAAAUUCUGGAGGCCAGAAGAGCCUUUUGAAAUCAUCAAGCCAGACAUCGCAGCCCUGGUUAGACAAAUCAUCAUGAAAAAGAAAGAAGAUCUUUGAAAAUGCCAUUCGGGUCGUGAAAUGUCACAGUCAGAUUGUCGAAAUAUCUAAAUUUUUUGGAGCUCAGUGCUAAGCCCAGUGAUUCCAGCACUUCUAAGUCUGCAGUGCAUCAUUAACCGUGUCCUUGAGGUUCACCGUAUACACUUCAAGAAAGAAGGAACGGACCCGCGCUUAGUACAGUGCCUGGCACACAGUAAGCACUUAAAUACCAUCAUCAUCAUUAGGAACAUGCACAGUCGUGUCCAGACAAAGGCCCACCUGACUCCAUGGUUGCUUCUGUAUUUGGGUUCUUUAGCAUUUUUGCCUUGUUCCAUUGCACAGCUUGUGUCUUUCUGGGAUUGUACUUUAUGGACCAUGGGCAACAGCCAGGGACACUCAACGAGGGCAAUUAGAAGGGAAGACCACGCAGCUGGAAAUUCUGCACGUGAACAUUAACAGGGAAUGCUUCAUGGGGUGUUGCGGAAGGUGCAGAAUAAAUAGUGAAGUCGUAUAUACAUA